AUGGUUCUAAAGGCAUGCGAUCGGUGCUACGCGAGCAAAGAGAAGUGCACGUUUACUGGUAGUGAUCAGCAAUGCACCAGAUGCCGGCGCCUCAAGAUCGCAUGCUCGACCUCGCGGCGUAACAGGCGCAUAGGGCGCCGGCCAGCCGCGAAGGCCUUUCCUCAUGGGGAGAUGCAGGUCUGGAGCGUCGAUUCAGACCAGCAGAUCGGGACGUGGCCACAACAACGAAGCCCGUCUACGUCAAGUAGUGAGGCCUUAUCCUCACAGUCCUCACAAAUCUCACUUGCUCGACGGUCCAAAUCAAUAUCACCGUCUAAUGAUUCAGUGGAAGAAGUACAGACCGCUCAACGUCGUGAGACGCUGGUCUUGGCACCACCAGAGAGACUGCUGGCAUCCCCUGUCACCCUUAAAACGACCUCCGAUGCCUUUCGCACAGUAAUGGAUCCGGAGCAGUUCUCAGUCAUACAUAUGCCAUUCAUGCUGGGCCCUAGCUUCGCUCCAGAAUCGCAAAAGACUGUCUAUACCAUCUUAUGCCUAUCUGCCCCAACUCUAACAGAGGGUUACUUGGCAUUUUUGGGGAUGAUGACGCGCUACCAAAGAUCACUCGUCAUGCGCCAACAGGAGCCAGAUAUGGUAAAAGCUGCAAAGGGCCUGCAACGCUUGCGGGAUGUAAAAAUCACCCAAGACUAUGAUGCAGCUUGUGCACUCUUUCUGGGUCAAACGAUGUACGUGUUCAAUGUACUUACAGCGCCCGAUUCUUCAACGGCCCACUCGAUCGUGCGAAGCGCUCUCAUGUCGACGAAAGCAUGGCUUCCAAGGUUGGUCCAUUUUCCGAUCAUGGACACUAUUAUCAUGACACCAAUGUUGGUCGACACGGUCGAGUGUUUAGUACGGCGAGAGAUUCCGAUCAUUCGAAUGCCCACCACGGAGCGCAUCAUUGUCGAUCGUUAUGCGGGAGUCUGUGCAACACUUCUGCCUCUGCUUUAUGAUCUCUGUGUGUGUAGUCAUACCAUGAGGACGGGUGUUCUCAACAUUGGCGAAUCUCCCUCUGGGAUGUAUGAGCAACUCGCUGAUAUCGAGCGAGUCAUUCUUGACUGGAAACCUCCCAACACGCCUGAAAUUCUGCUCAAGCAUGGCCAAUAUGAGGUGUUGGCAAUGAUGACACAGGCGAAUGCCUAUCGUUUGGCCGCUUUGUUGAUUAUUCAUCGUCUUCGAUAUCCUCUUGGGGUGGAAGACGAAACUGCACGAGAUCUUGCAAACAGCAUAUUCUCCAUCAUGUCGCAUUUUGCCGAGUCAGCCGCUCAGGAAACAACAGCGUUGCCUGUAGUUUUUCCCUUGACAAUGGCAAUGAUCGAGAUUGAGGGACCAGGAGAGAAAUUGUGGGAGAGACUGUCGUUGUACGCUGUUCAAAGCAGGAGUGCCACGCGACUGCAAGGAUUCAUCAAACAGGUCCGAGCAUGUAGGGAGACUGGGUAUGAAGGACUAUGGUUUGAUUUGGUUGAUACACAGCUUCAUGUUGCGAUGCCCCCAUAG